AUGGCUCAACCUUUUAACUCGACCCCUCAAUAUAAUUCGUUUAACCAGCCUGACCAAUCCGCUGCUAUUGAAAACCUAGUUGCACAGACCAAGGCCCUUAUCCAACAAAUACAAAUCACCAAUGCUCCAUAUGCCUAUAGUAACAAAGUCUUUCAACCCCCUAACGAUAUAAUAGAGAACCCAACAACUCUCAAGAAAAGAGAAUCGCAAUCCACCACCAUAAAACCUGUAGGAAAAGUUUUUCCUAAGAAAACUUUGCUUUUUACGAAACUUACCCCGGACCAACGUGAAGAAGUUCUCCGUAUCGUAUACGAGAACUUCCCCGAAGUUGUUGAUGAUAGGCAAAUCCCGGAGGUCCUAAAAUUUUCGAUAAAAAUAAUAAAAGAAUUAAUAAACGAAAAGAAGGAAGAAGCAAAAGAAGCGUCAAGCCCACCUGCCGCAGCCGCAAUCCGUAAAUCAUAUGAAGUUCCCGAAGUUGUCCCAGAAAUAGAUUUGGAUGGUUUAAUCGACGGCUAUCUCGAAUACUUGGAUACCUGGUUAUCCGAAUCUAAAAAAGCCUGCCCGCCCAAAGUUCUUAAGAAUCGUGAUCCCGAUAAUAACGACAAUGUAAAAAUGGAUAGUAAUAAGAAAGAUGAUGAUUGGAAGACGAUUGUUAAAGAGACGAAUAAAAAAAUAAUAGGACUUGUUAGUGAUAAGGGAAUAGUGAAUAACGAUAGUAACAAAGAUUGGAAUAAAGGAUUGAUUAAAGAAAUUAAAAAUAAGAGGAUGCGUUUAGGAGAUCGAUUUGAAGAUUCAAUGAUAGGAAUCGAGAAUAGUAUGAAUAAAGUCGAAAAUGAAAGCCCUGAUAUAAUCGACCCAUGGCUUCGAUACAUACUAAUUGACUGGCCUUUGCCAUUAUCUUCGAUCCCGGAGGAGAUAUUCGCUUACGCACCUUAUGACCCUACUAAAAGAAUCAUGUGCCACUCGUGA